AUGUCCCCAAAGAGUCCAAUAAAUCUCCUCCGUGGCUGGCCUAACCCCACCCUCCUUCCCACUCCAGCAAUACUCCGCGCAGCUCAGUCAGCCCUCUCAGAUCCAUCUAUAUCCACGCCUGGCCUUCUCUACGGCCCAGACCCGGGCUACCAGCCUCUUCGUGAGGAGAUUUCCAAAUGGCUCGGAGAUUUUUACAGUGUCCAGCCAGACGCAAGUCGCAUAUGUAUUACAGGAGGUGCAAGCCAGAACCUGGCAUGCGUGCUGCAGGUCUAUUCGGAUCCCUUGAAGACCAAAGUGUGGAUGGUGUCACCAUGUUAUUUCCUGGCUUGUAGGAUUUUUGAGGAUGCCGGGUUGAAGACAAGGGCCGUUGAAGAAGGAAGCGGUGGCAUCGAUUUGGUCACGCUCGAGAAGGAGCUGGAAAGUGCUACUCGUGCAGGCGGGGAAUCGAAACAGCUAAAGCGAUCAACUCCCUGGUCCAAAAUAUACAGCAACAUAAUAUACUGUGUCCCAACAUUUUCCAAUCCUUCUGGUAAAACCAUGUCUCUCCACACUCGAGAGUCUCUCGUGAGAUUGGCUCGGAGAUAUGACGCACUCCUCGUCACAGACGACGUCUACGACUCUCUACAAUUCUCGACCUCCUCAGCAACCUCGGGGGCUUCGUUGUCAAAAGCACUAUUGCCUCGACUGGUUGAUCUAGAUAGAACUCUUGAGCCAGUUCCUCACGAGAACAGCUUCGGAAAUGCAAUGUCCAACGGAUCCUUCUCCAAAAUCGCCGGCCCAGGAGUACGGACGGGAUGGUCAGAGGCAACUCCGAAGUUCACGUAUGGCCUUUCUCAAUGUGGCUCAUCUCGCAGUGGAGGUGCACCCAGUCAAUUAGCAGCAACCAUGAUGUCUGAACUCCUUAAGAGUGGGGAGCUGCAAAAUCAUAUUGAGAAGAUAUUGAAACCCGCUUACCAAAAGAGAUAUGAGAUAAUGAUUGAAGCGGUCAAGAAACAUCUCAUACCGCUGGGCGUAACUGUGGGGGAGGUCAGCUUCGAAAGUAAAGCUGUUUUCGGCGGAUACUUCAUCUGGCUUGAACUUCCGCAGAACACAAGCGCAGAACUCGUUGUAACCAAAGCCAAGCUGGAUGAGAACUUGAUUGUCGCCCCUGGACAUCUAUUUGAAGUCUCAAAUGAUUUGAGUGUUCAAUUUCAGCAAUCUCUGAGGCUUUGUUUUGCUUGGGAAGCAGAAUCGGACUUGGAGGAGGGGAUUGUGAGAUUAGCGAGAGUUCUGAAAGAUAAUGGCACGGGUUCUUUGAGGAAGGUACCUGAGGUAGACCCACUGUCUGCAAGUCAGGAUCUUGCAGAGUUUCAAUGA